GAGGUCUCUGGAAAACCGCCAAAACACUGUUAUGGGAACGGCAAGCCCAAAUAAUGCUCCAGUCUCAGGAGGCUCUGAGUGCUGAAAGCCACUUCUGUUCCCCUCAUUGGGUUGGAGGGGGUAGGGAAGGGCUCCCAGAGCCGACACUCCUUUUAGGGGAUCUGGAAGGCAUAAAAAGGCCCCUGGCUGAAAACUCGCUUCUUCAUCCUGCAGUUGGUGCCAGAACACUCGAUCCUGCACUGGAAGAAAAUGUCUGUCCAAGUAGAGCAUCCUGCUGGUGGUUACAAGAAACUGUUCGAAACUGUGGAGGAGCUGUCCUCACCGCUCCCGGCUCACAUCACAGGCAGGAUCCCCCUCUGGCUCACCGGCAGUCUGCUUCGAUGCGGGCCAGGACUCUUUGAAGUUGGAUCUGAGCCAUUUUACCACCUGUUUGACGGGCAAGCCCUCCUGCACAAGUUUGACUUUAAAGAAGGACACGUCACAUACCACAGAAGGUUCAUCCGCACGGACGCUUACGUACGGGCGAUGACUGAGAAGAGGAUUGUCAUAACAGAAUUCGGAACCUGUGCUUUCCCAGAUCCCUGCAAGAAUAUAUUUUCCAGGUUUUUUUCUUACUUUCGAGGAGUGGAGAUUACCGACAAUGCCCUUGUUAAUAUCUACCCAGUGGGGGAAGAUUACUACGCCUGCACAGAGACCAACUACAUUACAAAGAUUAAUCCAGAGACCUUGGAGACAAUUAAGCAGGUUGACCUUUGCAACUAUGUCUCGGUCAACGGAGCCACGGCUCACCCCCACAUUGAAAGCGAUGGAACCGUUUACAACAUUGGUAAUUGCUUUGGAAAAAACUUCUCAAUUGCCUACAAUAUUGUAAAGAUCCCUCCACUGCAAGCAGACAAGGAAGACCCAAUAAGCAAGUCAGAGGUCGUUGUACAAUUCCCCUGCAGUGACCGAUUCAAGCCAUCUUACGUCCAUAGUUUUGGUCUGACUCCCAACUACAUCGUUUUUGUGGAGACACCAGUUAAAAUUAAUCUGUUCAAGUUUCUUUCUUCAUGGAGUCUUUGGGGAGCCAACUACAUGGAUUGUUUUGAGUCCAAUGAAACCAUGGGGGUUUGGCUUCACAUUGCUGACAAAAAAAGGAGAAAGUACCUCAAUAAUAAAUACAGGACUUCUCCUUUCAAUCUCUUCCAUCACAUCAACACCUAUGAAGACAACGGCUUCCUGAUUGUAGAUCUCUGCUGCUGGAAGGGAUUUGAAUUUGUUUAUAACUACUUAUAUUUAGCCAAUUUACGUGAGAACUGGGAAGAGGUGAAAAAAAAUGCCCGAAAGGCUCCCCAACCUGAAGUUAGGAGAUAUGUACUUCCUUUGAAUAUUGACAAGGCAGACACAGGCAAGAAUUUAGUGACACUGCCCAACACAACUGCCACUGCCAUUCUGUGUAGCGAUGAGACCAUCUGGCUGGAACCUGAGGUUCUUUUUUCAGGGCCUCGUCAAGCAUUUGAGUUUCCUCAAAUCAAUUACCGGAAGUAUGGCGGGAAACCUUACACAUAUGCAUAUGGACUUGGCCUGAAUCACUUUGUUCCAGACAGGCUCUGUAAGCUGAACGUCAAAACUAAAGAAACUUGGGUCUGGCAAGAGCCUGAUUCAUACCCAUCAGAGCCCAUCUUUGUUUCUCACCCAGAUGCCUUGGAAGAAGAUGACGGUGUAGUCCUGAGUGUGGUGGUGAGCCCUGGGGCAGGACAAAAACCUGCCUAUCUCCUGAUUCUGAAUGCCAAGGACUUGAGUGAAGUUGCCCGGGCUGAAGUGGAAAUUAACAUCCCUGUCACCUUUCACGGACUGUUCAAAAAAUCCUGAGCAAAUGUAUUCUUGCAUGAUGUGUUUUUGUUGCAAAGCCAAGAAAACCAGCUUCAGGUCUGCAAUCAAAUUCUGUUCAAUUUUAACCUACUGUAUGUCAUGGUUUUAAGUUGCAGAUGCAGACAAUUUUGCAAUGUUUUACACAAAACACUCAGUUGAGCAAACAAUUCCUUUUUUUUAAAGUACAUAUUUAGAUAAUCAUAGUUCCUCUGUGAGACAGACCAUAACCAAAAAACUCUUAAAUACUUAGCAAUCAAAUAGGAAAUGAAUGUGGACUUAUUAAUCUGCUUUUUAUUCUAUUAUAAAAGUACAUUUUAGGUA